CUAGCGCUUACUUCAGGUGCAAUUUUCACUGCCGGCGUCGGAUACGUCUUCGCACGUUCACCCAAACAAAAGAAUUCGUCUCGGUCAUCAUUAUCGUCGACUAUUAGCAGCAUCUGCACUCCGGAAUCAAAGAAAUCCCCUCCCUUCUCACCGUCAGCUCUGAAGAUUUCGUUUCAAAAGUUUAAAUUGUUUCGUUCAAAGAAGCGCCAAAAGCCCUCGGUGAUCUCCGAUCCAUUGGUCACUGACGACGACGCGUCCUCAAUCUAUUCCGACACCGCCAGUACCUACACCAUGACAAGUUCGGCUCCAAACUUACCAGGGACGCUAUCUCCAAAUUUGGAAAGUCUGGCAUCAUCAACUAACGGGGCUUCUUUGCCAAUCCCAUCUAUACCAAAGCAGAAACAUCGACGAGGCCUUUCUAUGCCACCGCUGGAUUCAAAUAAUAAUGUUCUAUUGUAUCAUCAUCAACGUCCGAGUGAAUGUUGGGAUGAUGAAUUCCCCCUGGAGGAAGAUUUGGUGGUUCCCGACUCAUUGAAGGAAGCACAACUCUC